AUGACAGAAAAGAAAGACAAGUGGGAAAAUGUCGACUUUGACCAGGCCAUGGAAAUCGCUGGUUAUGGCAAAUUCAGCAUGUACAUCAUAUUCUUGUCGGGCUUAACAAUCUGCACAUCCUUGCUGAGUUCCGUUGACGUCUCGUUUCUUUUGCCAGCUGCUGAAUGUGAUCUUCAACUGACUUCUCAAGAUAAGGGUCUUCUCAGCUCUGCGUACUUCUUAGGAAUCAUUGCUACAUCCCACCUAUCAGGGUUCAUUGCUGACACUAUGGGCCGUAGAUACAUCCUACUUCGAGGGUUAUCUUUGAAUGUAUUCACCUAUAUUCUGGGAUCCCUUUCUCCCAAUUUCUGGAUAUUCUUCACAUUUAAAGUUUUGUCUGGAGUUAUGACCUGCCCUUGCAUGAUAGCCACUUUUCCAUUCCUGGGGGAGUAUGUUCCUAGCAAGAGACGAACUCAAGCAAUGCUCAUCACAACUUCCCUUAGCACCAUGGCGCUCCUGUACACCUCAUUGGUGGGAUGGUUGACGUUAAGCACCAAAUGGUCUGUGGACUUAGGACUGGUCACGUUCACCCCCUGGAGAUUAUUCUUCCUCUUGUGUGGUUUUCCCAGUCUUUGCUGUGCCGGACUCUUCUACCUAACUCCGGAGAGCCCCAAGUUCCUGCUAACACGAGGAAAGAAGGGGGAUACCAUCAAAAUACUCCAGACCCUGCAUCGCUUCAACUCUGGCAAACAGAGCGGCCACUAUCCUGUGAAAUCAGUCUCAGCAGACUCUGAAGAUCGUGCUCCAAAAAUGCAGAAACAAAAGGGAGUAUCCAGUUUGCUGAAUCACAUCGCAGAUCAAACAUUUCCGUUGUUUCGACCUCCAUAUGUGAAAAACCUCAUGUUGUGUAUAAUAAUGGUGUCUGUGUCAUUCUUGUGCGUAAACUCCAUUUUCAUCUGGCUUCCAGAAGUCACCAAUCGAAUGGCUUCGUAUAAGAGUAACAACGAAGGAAAGUUCUACCUGUGCGACAUGAUGAGUCGUAACAUGACCCUCUUCUUUGACAAUCAAACAGCCCAAUCAGAGGUGGAGUGCGACGGUACCAUCAGCUCUGCUGUGUUUAUCCCCAAUCUCCUGAUAUCUAUCGCUCAGCCAAUCAUCAUGCUCUUGGCCAGUGUGGUGGUUCCUCUGGUCGAUCGAAGGGCUGUCAUUGUGGCUGUUAUGGUUUCUGGAAGUGCCAUGGCUCUACUUAUUACCCUGAUUGCUGAUGCAUCCAUCAUCAUCAUCUUGUUUGGAACCCUUCCAAUCUUUAUCGGAGUUUCAUUUAAUGUCAUCACUGACAUUCUCAUUGAAGUAUUCCCAACUUACAUCAGAGCGAUGGCUGUAUCUUUGACUAUGAUCUGUGGAAGGAUUGGCUCAAUCACAGGAUCCUAUUUGUUUAGUCUUCUCAUUGACACUCAGUGCCUCUUAUUGUUUCGUCUAAUCUCUGGAAUCCUUCUUUGUUGUUCCUGUGUACCUGUGUUUCUUCAGAUCAAAAGCAGAAAAUCAGAAAGAACGCUUAACGUAACAUAAAUUCAUAACUGUUACCAAUUUUCUGUCUUGUGUUGUCUGAUGAAAUAUUUUUUGUAAUAAAUGUGAUUGUAAUUUUUGA